GAAGCUAGCGAUUCAAAUUCUCUGGAAUUUUGAACAUUUACAGAUGGAAUGUAACAGUAUGAAAAAACAAGAUGCAAAACUUAGUAUGCAAGUUAAUGGAAAGGAGUAUAUAAAAAGAUUGUUCAGUGGACGCCUUUCGUUAUCAAUCCUCAGAGGUGAGCAGUGGGAAGUCCAUAAUCAGUAUAACUUUAGCCGUUACGCAUGCAGUGUGCUAUCUGAAUUAUAGCUUAGGCGGCGGCUAAAGAUUUGCUUGUAAACCGUUUUUACAGUGCAGAAAGAAUGGAGAAUAAUAAUGGCAGAGGCAGAGGCAGAGGCAGAGGAGGAAGGAGUCGAGAGUUUUCCGGUGGUCAAAGAAGUAAUGAUAAUAAUAAUAAUAGCAGAGGAGGGGGCAGAGGAAGGUUUCGAGGCUCAGGAAGAAGUGGGCAACAGGGAGAGAGGGACUCUGAUGAAAAGCCGCUCGCGGUAGCAGCCAAGUUACAGGUCGGAGAGAUUUUGGCUUUACAUUCGAAUGAGAAUUUUGGCUUCAUUAAAUUGGAGGGCGCUUCACAAGAUGUGAAAAAAGAUGUGAAAUUCAGAUACGGCGACGGUUCGAAAACCGACACAGGGCUUCUGGAUCUUGAAAUCGGUGAUGUAUUGCAAUUUACUGUAAAUGAUAAUUCAGACAGGCCCCGGGCAGCUUACGCGCGUCUUGUGCAGUGCACAAGGAGGAGUCCGGUGGCUCUGGAAAGCUAUCUUGAUAAGCUUCUAGGUCUCUGCUCAGACGGCCCUGGAAAGGUACUGCGAGAAAUUACUAAAUGUCCGGUAGGGUUUCUUCUCGUUUUGGAGCUACGGCAGCCGCCGCAAGGUCUGGUGACUCGAGUGCUGGAAUUGGCGGAGAUUCUGCAGCAAGGAGGUGCGGCUUUCUACGGUGCGAGGGUGAAACAAUUUUACAAAUUCUUCUGCGGCACCGAGUUUUUGAGGUCGUCGGGCGCAUUAAUGGAGUAUAUUAGUAUAUUUUUGAGGUCGUCGUGCAGGAAAGAUGAUGGAGAAAAAGGUUUGCUCAUCGAAAAUUUCAUGCUCCGCCUUGUCUCGCAGAGUCCAGAAAGCGUUAGCGAUCUUUUGCCGCUGAUUGAAUCGAUGAUAGAAAUUGUAAAGCAAGACAAUUUUACUCCGUCUAGAUGUUGCGAUUUUCUUUUGGAGCUUCUGCGUUGCCAUGCUCGGGUUUACAAUUCAGGCGCCUCGGCGGUCGAGGCAGCGUCGCUUGAGAAGCUGCCGUGGGACAAAAUGCCUCUUGUUCCAGUCUCUGCAGAGGUCACAAGCGGACAGCAAUGGGCGCUUAAACCCCUUCCCUCCGUCAAGAAGAAGGGAAGCUAUGGCUCUGUGGACGAAUACCUAGACACUUAUUACACGCUUUUAAGGGAAGACUGCUUUGCGCCACUGAGAAAAGGCCUCGCCGAUCUCAAAGCGAACAAAUUGGAUCCCAGAGAUAUGAAAGUAUGGACAGAUGGACAGGUCCUAGGAGUCCAUUUUAGUAGAAGAAAACCAGGCAUUACUUUAGCAAUAACGGCUCAGAGACUUGGCGGUGAAGGACCUGCACAACUUCCCAUGACAGGAACCCUUCUCUGUAUAUCUGACGCCGGAGGAAAUUUUGAGUCUUCGACUUGGGGUGUGGUGGCCAAAUGCGAGGAGGACAAGAAAGCCCGUGUUAUUUUCGUGGAGCCAGUGGACGGAAAAGGAGGCGCUGGAGGUUCAUCGGCUGAAUGUAUGAGCAGACUGUUGGGAUCAUCCAGCCUUGUUUUUGCUGAAAAUCCAACGUUUUACAAGGCGUAUGAGCCGAUCUUGAGAGGCUUGCAACAGAUGGAUUGUCACAAUUUUUCAUUCCUUGAAGAAUUUGUGCAUGCUAGAUGGACACACCAACCUGCGAAUUACCUUUCGGACCCGGCUACCACUGUGGACUGGGGAUGCUUGUUUGGUGAGACUUGCGUUCGGUCUGGGGUUAAAGAAUUGGAUAAUUUAAUCAAAGGCGGGUACAGGACCACUCUGGACCCAAGCCAGUUGAGUGCAAUUAAGCUUGCAGUAAACAACCGCCUGGUUUUGAUUCAAGGACCUCCCGGUACAGGCAAAUCGUUUGUGGGAGUGAGGAUAUUGCAGAUAGUGUUAUCUGCAGAUACAUUGCCAGCGGGGCCUGCACUGGUAGUGACAUACAAGAACCAGGGUUUGGAUCACUUCCUCCAGUCCUGUUUAAACUUCUGCCCUGAAGGAAUUGUGAGAGUGGGAGGCAGAAGCACUGAGCCAUCCUUGGAUAAAUUUAAUUUGUUUUCAUUAAUACCGAAAUUUGAUGAAUUCACACCGGAUUACUUCGACAACACAAAAAAGCUGGAGCGCGCCCAAACAGAAAUUGAAGAAGCUCUAAAACAGCUACCGGAAAGCCGCGACUUGAAAAUAGAGUCGGUGCUUCGCCACAUGACUGAUUUUCAACUGAGGCAGCUGAUUUCACAUGUUUCACAAGUACCUGCUGGCGCUGCUGAUUUUAUGCCGUCAGAGGAAAUUUCUCUUUCGGAUUUCCUUUGCGAGGAUUCACAGGACUCUACAAAUUUGCUUUACGUUAUUUCCCAAGCUCUCAAAAAUUGGAUGCCCAAUAACAGGACUUUUAAGUUGGUACAGGAUUGCUUUUCUCGUCAGAAGACGUGCGGAGCACUGAAGCAGCAAGCAACCGGAUGUGCUACAAAUGAGACAUAUAGUGAUGUUCUUGAUGGGGAGAACAAAGAUAACGUCAAUGUGUUAAUAGAACAAUUUCUUGAAGCUAAGCCCGAAGAAGAAGAAGAUUUGGACGAGCCUGAUGAAAAAUCAUAUAGAGGUGGAAAGAAAAAUGAAUGCCGUUGGCUCAAUGAAACUUUCUUCACUUACAAAUCCCAAGCAGUUGAUGCAAGUUUAACAGCAUCAAAUGAUAUAGAUUUUGAGCAGUAUCAGUGGCUGCUGGAUGAAAAUCCAUGGGAUCUGAACGAGUCCCAUCGGGCGAUAUUGGUGCAGUUGAUCAUGCAAACUAGCCGCCAAAAAAUAGUCAAGAAAUUGGAAGAGGCAAAAAAAGCAUACGAUGAAAUAUGCCAGGACAUGGAAGAAAUCAGCAAACGGAGACAACUUGAAGUGUUGAAAAAAGCAAAAAUUGUUGGCAUGACUACCACGGGCGCAGCAUUGAAUCAGGAAAUAUUAAAAGCAUUAAACCCGUCAAUUGUAUUUGUAGAAGAAGCAGCAGAGGUCUUGGAACCUCAGUUGUUAGCCGUGCUUGGCCCAAGUGUACAGCAUCUUAUUCUAAUCGGUGAUCAGUACCAACUCUCCCCAAGUGUUGAAGUUUAUGAACUUGAAAGAAGGCAUGGCUUUGCAAUUUCUCUAUUUGAAAGACUUGUGGAGCAUAACAAAUUGCCUUUUCAAGCACUGUCCUCACAGAGCCGAAUGAGAGAAGAGUUUGUGCCCAUGAUCUUACCUAUUUAUCCUAAUUUGCAGACCAACACUCAAUUUGUAUCAGGAGAGAGAAACAGAGCACCUAUGUGUAUGUCAAGCCCAAUGUAUUUUUGGUCUCAUUCAUAUGGAGAGUCUAAACAACGCAGUGUUACGAAUGAGGGUGAAGCCAAAAUGGUGAUUGCCCUUGUGCACUGGAUGAUAGCUGAAGGACAAAAUCCUGUCGAAAUAACUGUCCUUGCUGCAUAUAAUGGGCAGGUAACACUAUUACGAGAUAUGAUGAAGGUAAUCCCUGCUGUUGAAGCCAUACAAGUCCUCACUAUAGACAGAUUUCAGGGUUCUGAGAAUAAAAUUAUCAUACUGUCUCUGGUUCGUUCUAAUGAUGAAGGGAGCAUUGGGCAUCUAGCAAAGCGAAAUAGGUUGUGUGUAGCAGUUUCAAGAGCAAGGGGGGCAAUAUAUUUUUGUGGGAAUGAUAUAUCUUUGACAAAGAAGUCUGAGCAUUGGACAGAACUUCUUGAAUACUUGGCUCGUAAGAAUUGUGUGGGUGACACGAUACAUCUCCGUUGCCCACGACAUCCACUUAGCUCACCCUUUAAAGUAUCUAGCAAACUUGUUGAGAACUUCAAUCCUCUUUUGUGUAAAAGGACAUGCAACAGUCAGCUGAACUGUGGUCACUAUUGCCAAAGUACCUGCCACUACGGGAAUCAUCCAAAAUGCACUGAACCUGUACAGUUUAUAUUCAGUGUUUGUGGACAUGAAAUAACAAAGAAGUGUUCAGAGGAUGGAGAAAUGAGAUCAUGUCAGGAGGAACUAAUGUAUACAUUUGAUUCAUGUGGACACAAGAAGCUUGUCAAAUGUUGGGAGAAAAUGAAGAAAGAGCUGAAAUGUAAUGAAUUAUGUCGUAAUGUUCUAGAAUGUAGGCAUCCUUGUAUGCUGAAAUGCUCUGAAAACUGCAGAGCAAAACCUUGUUCCACGUGUACCGAAAUAGAAAGAAUAAAGGCAAAAAAGGCAAAGCAACUUGAAGCACAGCAACUGAAAAUGAAGCUUAUGGAAAUAAAAGCAGAAAUCAAGAGAUUAGAGCAAUCUACAGAUGACCUGAGAAUUUCGGUGAUAGAUAUAAGUCCAACAGGAGAUUUUGCAGCUGAAUACUUCCAGGUCAUGGAUCGCACGGAAAAGUUUAUUCAACCAGGGCAUGAUGUUGUACUUUUUGUAACAAGGAUUCAGAAAGUUUUCAACCCAAAACUAGAAAUUAACUUCCUAAAAGCUCAACGGGAUCUAUUCCAACCAACUUCAGUAUCACAUCUACUAUUUCAUGGGACAGAUGAUGCUGGUGUCGAAGGUAUAACACAGAAUGGAUUUCGGUUGCCAGCAGCAAAUACAAAGAAUAUGUUUGGACGAGGAUGUUAUUUUGCUACUGACUCAACAAAAAGUGCUCAAGCAAUAUAUACGAAGGGUAGUAACAAGCUCUUACUGUGUGAAGUUCUUCUUGGUCGCACAUGGACAGUACAAGAAGAUCAUCCAGAGAUGGAUAAAGAUGAAAUCAGAAAAAAAGGAUACGAUUCUUUGUUUUCAAAGAGAGGUGGCAGGGGCACAGGCGGCACACUUUACGAUGAAUAUGUGAUAUAUAAUCCCAACCAGGCAAAACCUCGAUACAUUGUACACUAUAAAAGUCAGCGUGAGCCACAAGCUCUGCAUGCACACAAUUUUCAGAACAACUUAACACGGAUUUUAUAUGAACCAUCCUUAACUUAUAACGACAACGAUCCCGGAGAGUACCAUUUCCGACAGGCAGAGUCUCAAUUCUAUAGAAUGUCUAGCAGGCGUGACCAAAAGGUUAAGAAGGUGGAGCUCAUAUUGAAUAAAAUUCUGCAAGACCGUUAUGAUACCGCAAAGCAAGAGCUUCAGAAAAAUCAGGUCAAAGUGCAGGAGAUGUUUGUAUUCCAUGGCACCGAUAAAGCUGCUAUUGACAAGAUUGUGCAAGAAGGAUUCAAGAUAGGGGGCGAAGGUGUCAGUGUGAGAAAUGGGGCUGCAUAUGGAACAGGGGUAUACACAGCCGUAGAUCCAGAUAUAUCAGUGGGUUAUAGCAAUGGGUCAGGGAUGAUGCUUCUAUCUCUUGCUCUGGUUGGCCAGGAAGGAAUUCAUUACAACAAAGGAGGUUCUGCUGAUGUCUAUGUUCUUCAAAAUGCCGAUCAUCUACUUCCUAGAUAUAUUGUUCACUUUGCCACCAAUUGAGAAGGAUUAUUUAUUUGAAACGAGUCAUAUGUUGGCUAUCAAAUUUUGUAGCAUCCGUUUAAAACUUAAAUUUAGCAAUGCUUUCUUUCA